ACUUGAAGAGUUCGACCCAUUGACAUUCACGUACUUCCAGUGGAUGCCCGUUCCCUCGACCGAACGAUUGCCGAAACCGCAUUGCAAUGUGCUUAUGGCACAAUUGCGGGACUACCUGCACACUGCAGUACCAGCUCCGUUGAUGGACGCCGGAGCAGAGGUUGUCAAACUUCACGCUUACAUCGCGAAGAUCGACCGCGAGUUCAAGACGCAACGGUACGACGACAUCGACGCACCAUUGUUAUAUGUACGCAUUCAGAUCGGAGAGGCGACCUGCAGUGCCUUGAUCGAUUGCGGAGCAUCUCGCAACUAUAUCAGUCAAGACUUCAUGGUACGCGCCGGCCUUGGCCCACGUAUCCGGAGGAAGUCCCAGCCUACGCAAGUCACUCUGGCAGACGGUCAUACGCACAAGUCCAUCGACAGGUGCAUUGACGCCUUCCCAGUGUACUUUGCCCCUCACGCAAGUGAGGCGGUGUCCUUUGACAUUCUGGACACCAAAUUCGACAUGAUCUUGGGCAUGUCAUGGCUGCGAAGCAAGGAUCACCCGGUGAACUUCUUCAACCGCACCGUUCACGUUCGUGACCGGAACGGAGUAUUAGUUCCAUGCAGGGUGCCUCUUCCUCAUCCUUCGAUCAGCUGCCACGUGGUAUCUGCCGCAAGCAUGCGAGCUUCCAUCAUCAGAGACGACAUCGAGGAGAUGUGGGUGUGUUUUCUCCACGCCCUCCCGCCCCAUGACGCUUCAUCGACGGACUCACCUUCGGAUGCACGCAUCACCGAACUUCUCGACGCUUACAGCGACAUGUUCGAAGGCCCGCACAGAGUGGUACCGGAUCGACCCAUCCGCCAUGAGAUCAUCCUCGAGGACGGCGCCGUACCUCCGCGAGGUUGCAUCAACCGAAUGAGCGAGGAAGAGUUAAGUGUGCUUCGGGCACAACUCGACGACCUUCUGAAGAAAGGCUGGAUUUGGCCUAGCUCAUCGCCAUACAGUGCUCCUGUUCUCUUCCCCCGCAAGAAGAACAAGGACCUGCGGUUGUGCAUCGAUUAUCGCAAGCUCAACGCGCAGAUGAUCAAGAAUGUCGGCCCUCUCCCGCACAUCGGCGACCUUUUCGAGCGAUUGGGCGGCGCCCUGUUCUUCUCUAAGCUGGAUCUCAAGUCAGGGUACCACCAACUCGAGAUUCGCAAGGAGGAUCACUACAAGACCGCGUUCAAGACACGGUAUGGGCAUUUCGAAUGGUUGGUCAUGCCAUUUGGCCUUACGAAUGCCCCAGCCACUUUUCAAGCGGCUAUGACGACGGAGUUCCGACACAUGCUGGAUCGUUUCGUACUUAUCUACCUCGACGACAUUCUGGUUUACAGUCGGAGUCUGGACGAGCAUGUGGAACACCUAUGCACCGUUUUGGAGCGGCUACGACAGGCCAAGUACAAAGCAAACCGUGACAAGUGCGAGUUCGCACAGCAGGAACUGGAGUACUUGGGACACUAUGUGACGCCGCAAGGCAUCCGUCCGCUUGCGGACAAGAUCGAGGCCCUACGAGUAUGGCCCGAGCCCACCAACACCAYGGACGUUCGUUCAUUCAUGGGGUUGGCRGGCUACUAUCAGCGAUUCAUCACCGGAUACUCCAKGAUURCUGCACCUAUGACAAGGUUACAGUCGCCAAAGGUGCCAUUCGUAUUCGAUGACGACGCACGCCGGUCAUUCCAAGCACUUAAGACGGCUAUGCUCAUGGCACCCGUCCUUAGCAUCUAUGACCCCACCCUGCCGACGCGAGUGACUACGGACGCUUCCGGCUAUGGCAUUGGGGCAGUCUUGGAACAGCACGAUGGCGACGACUGGCACCCUGUGGAGUAUUUCAGCCACAAAGUGCCUCCCAUCAACUCGCUUGAUGAUGCAAGAAAGGAGCUGCUCGCAUUCGUGAUGGCUCUCAAGCGCUGGCGGCACUUCCUCCUUGGGCGUCGUAGGUUCACAUGGGUCACAGACAACAAUCCAUUGACCUACUACAAGACGCAGGACACGGUGAGCAGCACAAUCGGACGAUGGAUGUACUUCAUCGACCAAUUUGACUUCACACSRAARCAUGUCCCCGGCCUCUCCAAUCGCGCAGCAGAURCACUCUCKCGAAGACYUGAUCUUUGCGCUAUGACACAUCAUGCCUUCGCAUUCGACGAGGAGCUUCAGCGACACUUCAUCCGGGCAUAUCAGUCUGAUCCGGAAUUCGGCACGCUCUAUGCACAGCUAUCUUCGGAUCACCCGCCGGCCAGCCAUUACCGCAUUGCCGACGGGUACUUGCUCCUCCACUCGAGAGGCAAGGACUUACUAUGUGUCCCACGCGACCGUCGUCUUCGGACUUGCCUCCUCAGCGAGUAUCACGAUUCAGGACUCGCCGGCCAUUUCGGAGUCAACCGCACUAUUGCACGGCUUCGACAGCGAUUUCGAUGACCCGACCUCAUUACCGAUGUCACUCGGUAUUGCGAUUCUUGCGAAGUUUGCCGACGCAGCAAGCCCCGCAAC